AUGGAGGUGGAGAUCAAAGUCUCCCUUGAAUGUAGUGAAUGUAGGAAGGCCUUCAGGAUUAAGUUAGAGCUUACUGUGCAUCAGAGGAUUCAUACUGGAGAGAAAGCUUAUGAAGGCAAUGAAUGUGGAAAGGCUUUCUGGAAGAAGACACAUCAUACUAAACAUCAGAGACUUCAUUCAGGAGAGAAACCUUAUGAAUGUGAUAAAUCCGCAGUGAGCAUCAAAGCCCACUUUCUGGACGGGGAUGCCCUACACCCACCACCAGGCACCAGCUCCAUCUCCAGCACCUUAGACUCACCUCCUGGGACCUGUCGGCCGCCUCCUCGCCGAAAUGUUACUCGCCUCCAGCUUCCCCUCAUGGCUCUGUGGCCACUCCCAGCCCCUCAGAGCCGCUGGGGCUGCAAAUGGCGUCCGGCGGGUUCCUUGCCUGCCCUGUCCUCAGGCAAUGAGAGCAUUCAGGUGGCGAAGGCUACACAGCCUGCAAUGUCCUAG